CAUAUUUGAUCAUAAAAGAAUUGUUGAAUAUCAUCAAAACCAGAUUUUAUUUACAUUUUCCUUGAUUGAAAUUUUCAGUUUAAACAGCCACAAUAUGAAGCAUUUUAUUAUUUCACUUAGUAGGUCAAACAUCAUGCUUUUGAUAUAUUUGAUCUACAAAAAAUUAUAACCUCAAAUAAAUCUAUAGAUUUUAUCCUGUAUAUAUUAUUGUCUAUGGAUUCAAUAAAUGAGUUCAGUUAUACAAAUGGAUGAAAUGUUUCUUGUUGCAAUUUUCAUUAUUUUCCAUAAAAUAUACAUCCAUUUAUUUUUACUUUAAACAGCCACAAUAUGACGAGUUUGGAUAUUUUAUUUUGUAGGUCAAACGUCAUGUUUUUGAUAUAUUUGAUCUACAAUAAAUAUAACCUCAAAUAAACCUAUAAGUUAUAUAAAUAAGUUCUAUCAUAUGUAUAGAUGAAAUGUUGCGGUAUUGGAAUGUUUGCAAAAAUUAUUCAAAACAGUGGACAUUUUUAAAUAUCUUCAAUAAAUAUAAUCCUCCCCGAAAAUUUGUUUGUCAAAGAUACUUUAGUGAACGGGCUAUAGAUGUUAAUACGAAUGUCGUUAAAGAUGUGAUCUUGUACAAAUUUGAUAAUUCUAGAUACUUUAAACUAAUGAACUUGUUCGCAUUUGCUCAAUUCGGUUUUUGGUCUUAUUUAUCAUUAACAGCUUACACAACAUUAAGAGAUGCUCCAGUCGAUCAAACCACAGGAGAUCAUUGGUGGGAAAAAAUUAAUUUGGGUGAAAAUAAAUACAGAAACGGAAUAUCUUUAUUUUGUGGUAUUGUAGGAUGGGGUAUUUUAUCAAUUGUUUGGAUGUAUUCAUUGAGAUCUGUGAGGUAUCUAAUUCUAAGGAGAGGUGGGAAUCAACUUACAGUGGUAACAUAUACUCCUGUUGCUUCAAAUCGUAUGUUUACAUUGAAUUUGAACAACGUUAGUGCUGUGGAUUCGAGAUUAACAGCCCAGACACAUUUGGCGUUGAAAAUUAAAGGACAUUUCAUGUAUUAUAUUGUAGAUAUGAAAGGAGAAUUUGUAAAUCCUAUUUUAUUUGAUCAUACUGUAGGUUUGAGAAGAACUUUAAAAUAAAAAUAUAUUCUGUA